GAGUCAAUGACCUCCCCUGUAUUUACAGACCCUGAAUCAGCCAAUCAGAGGAGAGGACACUCUCACUGUUGGACUCUCUGCUUGUGUCCUUCGUCUUCUUCUUGUGUCUCUGCAGCUGGACGAUGCACACCAAAGGAAGCUCCUGCUGCUGCUCCUUCGAGGACUACAAACUCACCACUGAGUGGCUCCUGAACCAGACGAGUCACCGUCCGAAGGUGGCUGUGAUCUGUGGUUCAGGACUUGGUCUGCUCGCUGAUGGAGCCACCAACAAACAGACCUUCAGGUACCAGGACAUCCCCAACUUCCCUGUUAGCACAGUCGAGGGUCAUGAGGGUUGUCUGGUGUUUGGGACGAUCGAGGACACCCCCUGUGUAUUCAUGCAGGGUCACUUCCACCUGUACGAAGGUUACUCCCUCUGCCAGGUGACAUUCCCUAUCAGGAUCUUUAAGUUGAUGGGGGUGGAGUCAGUGCUGGUGACAAACGCCUCUGGAGGAAUCUGUCCAGACUUUAAGGUUGGUGACAUCAUGAUCAUCAAGGACCACAUCAACCUGCCGGGAUUUGCUGGACAACAUCCACUGUGUGGACCCAACGAUGAGCGUUUUGGGAUCAGGUUUCCCUGUAUGUCGGACGCCUACAGUAAGGACCUGAGGCGGUUGGCAUUGGAUGUCGGCUCUGAGCUUGGCUGCAGUGACUUCAUCAGAGAGGGAGUUUAUUGCAUGGUGAGCGGACCGAACUUCGAGACCAUUGCUGAGGCCAGAAUGCUGCUGAUCCUGGGCUGUGACUCUGUGGGUAAGACAGGUAUGAGUGCAGUUCCUGAAGUGACGGUGGCGAAACACUGUGGACUCAGAGUUCUUGGUUUGUCCCUAAUCACCAACAAGGUGUCUCUGGACUACAGUCGGGAGGAGAAGGUAAACCAUGACGAGGUUCUUCAGAUCAGUAAAAUGAGGGCGGAAGUUCUGCAGAAACUCGUCACCACCCUGAUCUGUCGCUGUCAGCAGCAAAGCAUCAACACCCACUGAACCUCCACCUGAACCACAGACUGAACUCCAGCAACUCCACCUCCAUCUUGAGACUUCAGCCUGUAGACCUCAGUCUGUAGACUUCAGCCUGUAGACCUCCAUCUGUAGACCUCCGUCUAUAGACUUCAGCCUGUAGACCUCCAUCUGUAGACGUCAGUCUGUAGACUUCAGCCUGUAGACCUCCAUCUGUAGACCUCCGUCUAUAGACCUUAGUCUGUAGAUCUCCGUCUGUAGACAUCAGUCUGUAGACGUCAGUCUGUAGAUGUCAGUCUGUAGACGUCAGUCUGUAGACCUCCGUCUGUAGACUUCAGCCUGUAGACCUCUGUCUAUAGACCUCUGUCUGUAGACAUCAGUCUGUAGACGUCAGUCUGUAGACUCAGUCUGUAGACCUCUGAGUCUGAGAGUCUGUAACUCUGAUUAAACAUCAGUUUCAUGUUGGAAACUUCA